AGAGCCGAGUCGACGCGCCCGCUGCGCUCCGGGCCGGGCCGCCCCGCUGAAGGACCCCCCAUGGCCGCGGGGCCGGCCCAGGAGCCGCGUCCCCGCUGCGCCUGCUCGGGCCGCGCCGCUCCCGGGCCCCGCCGAGGCAGCGGCCCGCUGAGCCCCGAAGCCUGGCCCGGGCCCCUCCAGGCCUGACCCACCCGCCGCUCGGGAGGUGUCUGCGCCCAGGAGGCCAGGCCGGGUCCGGGGAGGCCACCCCUGAGGAGAGCGGGACGGGGGCAGCGCCUGCCCGGCCCCCCCCGCACCGAGCAACUGCCGGGGCUUCUCCCCGGCCCCUCGGAGGCAGCGCUUGACCCUCGCCCCACGUCCCCUCCGGAGCGGCCGCCCGGCCCCGAGUCCGCUCUGCGGAGGAGGAACGGCUCCUCCGGCCCAGGUCAGCGCCGCCAGCGCCCUUCGGCUCCCUGCCGCAGGCGUCAGGAUGUCCGAGAACCAGCCGAACGCCAACAACCACCACCCGGCCAACAACAACGGGGGCGGCGGGGCUGCCGGGGGGAACAACCGGGGCGUCCGCAAUCCCAACCUCAACCAGAACCCCUUGAUCAAUGUGCGCGAUCGCCUCUUCCACGCGCUCUUCUUCAAGAUGGCAGUGACCUACGCCCGCCUCUUCCCACCCUCCUUCCGCCGCGUCUUCGAGUUCUUCGUCCUCCUCAAGGCUCUCUUUGUGCUCUUCAUCCUGGCUUACAUUCACAUCGCCUUCUCCCGCUCGCCCAUUAACUGCUUGGAGCACGUGCGAGAUAAAUGGCCGCGCGAUGGCAUCUUGCGGGUGGAAAUACAGCGCAACUCGAGCCGAGCCCCCAUCUUCCUGCAAUUCUGUGGUGUUGAGAAGUUCCCAGGAAUGGUAGUUGAAUCCACAUCUGAGGAAGAGGAGGAGGAAGAGGAGGAAAUGACUGUGGAUAUGUUUGAAAACAGCUCUAUCAAGUUUGAGCUGGAUAUCGAGCCCAAGGUGUUCCUCAAGCCAUCCCGGGUGAGCAGCACCGAGGCACUGACCCACAACGAAAGCCAGGAGUUCUCGUUUAGUGAAGCGGCCACUAAAGGUAUGCAGCCUCUGAGGGAGACUGUGUCCGAGUUUGAGAUGCUAGCCAGAGCAGUGUGGCCGCAGGAAGAGUACAUUGUGGAGUACUCGUUGGAGUACGGGUUUUUGCGCCUGUCCCAGAGCACUCGGCAGCGCCUCAGCAUCCCGGUCAUGGUGGUGACUUUGGACCCUACCAGGGAUCAGUGCUUUGGGGACAGGUUCAGUCGCCUAUUGCUGGACGAGUUCCUGGGUUAUGAUGACAUCCUGAUGUCAAGUGUCAAAGCUUUAGCUGAAAAUGAAGAAAACAAAGGUUUCCUUCGCAAUGUGGUGUCUGGGGAGCACUAUCGCUUUGUCAGCAUGUGGAUGGCUAGGACUUCGUAUCUGGCAGCCUUCGUCAUCAUGGUCAUAUUUACUCUGUCUGUUUCGAUGCUGUUGCGCUACUCGCACCAUCAGAUCUUUGUCUUCAUUGUUGACCUGUUACAGAUGCUGGAAAUGAACAUGACAAUUGCAUUCCCUGCAGCUCCCCUCCUCACUGUCAUUCUGGCUCUAGUAGGUAUGGAGGCCAUUAUGUCAGAGUUCUUCAAUGACACCACAACUGCGUUUUACAUCAUCCUUAUUGUGUGGCUGGCUGACCAGUACGAUGCUAUCUGUUGCCACACCAAUACGAGUAAGAGGCAUUGGCUCAGGUUCUUCUAUCUGUACCACUUUGCCUUCUAUGCUUACCACUACCGAUUCAACGGGCAGUACAGCAGCCUGGCUCUCGUCACCUCGUGGCUCUUCAUCCAGCAUUCAAUGAUUUACUUCUUCCAUCACUAUGAGCUGCCAGCCAUUCUCCAGCAGAUCAGGAUCCAGGAGAUGCUGCUGCAGAACCAGCAGGUAGGCCAGGGGACUCAGACGACGCUCCAAGACAACCUCAACAACAACACUACGGCUGCCCCCGCUGACGGGGGGAGCCGCCGACCCCACCUGGCCGCCGGACCCUCCGGGGAGAGCAGCAGCACGGCCGCCCUCACUCCCAGCGAGGCCUCCAGCGUCAUCGCCGCUGCCACGGCGGCUUCUGUUGGGAGCGACCUGAACUGGGUGGCUGAGACAGCCGCCAUCGUUACGGAAGCCUCGUUCCUCUCCGACCUGAGCACUACCCUCCUGGAGCCAAAUGUGGUGCACGAAGCCGUGGCCAACGGGAGCCCUCAGGAUGCUGCCGCUGCCUCCAGUUUGGUUGCCCGCAUCAGGGUCAGCAGCGACCACCCGGAGGCGGCCAUGGGCUCCAUCACCAUUGAAGUCACUUCAGCAUCCGUGGUGGCCGCGGCAGAUGUUUCCCCCGCCGCAGAGGCGGCACCGGCUGCGCCCCUCGUCCCGCUGCGGGAGGAGGGGGCCUCCGUCCCCAGCCCUUCCCUUCCUGAGCAGACUGAGGCUGUCGAGGGCUCAGACAGCCAAGCAAAACCUACUGGCAAGAACUGCGUUGCACACAGCAGCGUGGCGGAGACCCCUCCGGCCUUGGUGGAGGACACUGAUCAGGACAGACGUUUGGGGCGUGCUCUUGGGGACCGGGGGGAAAGCAGCCCUUGCCCAGCACCAGCGGAUAGUACACCUUGCUCGGAGCCAGACUUGAGGAGCCUGUCUUGAGUCCCUGUUACUGUAAUUCUGGACUGCCAGGCAGGCAUUUGGAUUUCGUUUGUUACUGUUUCUCACUUCACCAUCAUCCUUAACCCAUGAAUUCCUCUUAGCGGAGGCAGAGCAGCUGGGACAGAGAAAAGGUGCUGCAGUGAACUCCCCUGGGAAAGGCACGUGUGCGCUCGUGUACGAGAGAGGCUGAUGUGUGUGGG